AUUCAUUCUUCUGACAAAUCCCAUCAACUCAAUAAUAAAUAAAUAAAAGCUUCACAGUAACUUCCUAUUACCAAGAAGGAAUGUAUGCUUGUGGAUAUUUUAAUUUUAAUUUUCCCUUUCUAUAUUAUUAUUAUUAUUGACUUUAGUGACUUACUAUUCUGAGAGUCAAUAAUCCCGGGAAGGCAGAGUCGUGUAAGAAGGCGCAAACCAACAACAAACAACCUUCUGCAAACAAACACCCUUCAACACUCGUACACUGCGCCCAACAGUACCCGGAGUACUAGAUUACCAGCUUCUUUCUUGCGGUGUUUCUUCUUCAAUUUCUUCAUUAUUCAUUGUUUUUUUACUUUCUACUCUCUUUCUCUCGCUCUGCUUCAGUGAGUGUACUAUAUAGAUAAGAUAACAGACGGGGGUUGGGUAAUUGUGUUGUCUCCGAUGAUGGGUAAGCCUAACCCUAACCCUGCCCCGGAAGAAGAAAAGAGUCUCCGGGACGAGCUGCUGGGUCCCAUCCUGCUCGGAGAGCGCGUGAUAAAACUGGCUCAGGAGGCGGAGUCGCCGAAGGUGGACUGCACGGAGCUGGCGCGUAAGGUGCAGGUGGUCUGCGAUAACCUCCGCUCCGUGGUGCGCGUGGUGUCUGGAACCCAGUGCGUCAACGAGCGCCCAAUCCGCCGCAUCGUCGGCGAGGUCUCGAAAAACAUAGAGCGCACGUUAGCCCUCAUCCGCAAGUGCAAGAAGCACGGUGGCGUCCUCCGCCAGGUCUUCUCCAUGACCACCACCGCCGACUUCCGCAAAGUCCGGAGCCUUCUCGAAUCUUCCAACGGCGACCUGGUGUGGCUCCUCACCAUCUUGGACUCCAAAGACGGCACCAAUGUCUCACUCCCCCCUAUCGCCAGCAACGACCCUAUUCUCGCUUGGGUCUGGACCUUCACCUACACUCUCCAAUUGGGCCAGCCCAAGGACCGCGCAGAAGCCGCCACUGAACUCGGUUCUCUCGCCAGAGACAACGACCGUACAAAAUUUAUCAUAUUGGAUGAAGGUGGGGUGAUGCCCCUCCUCAAGCUUCUUAAAGAAGCUUCUUCCCCUGCUGCUCAGGUCGCUGCUGCCAAUGCUCUUGUUAACAUCACAACCAAUCAAGACAGGGUUGUUACUUUCAUUGUGGAGUCCCAUGCUGUCCCCAUCAUUGUUCAGGUUCUCGGUGAUUCCCCUAUGAGGGUUCGUGUCUCUGUUGCCAAUUUGGUCUCUGCUAUGGCCGAGCAACAUGAACUUGCUCGCGAGGAGUUCGUCAGGGCCAAUGUCGCUAGGCCCCUUGUGUCCUUGUUGUCCAUGGAUAUGGGUACUGUCCUCACUGACCCCGUGGCCGACCGCGCCACCAGCAUUCACUCGCUUGUUCUCAAUUUAUCCAAUGUUGGGGAGGCGAAUUCAGAUGGGAGUAGCCGCGGCUCCGGCCAGCAUCGAAGAGAUAGAGAGGUCGAGAGCCCCGAGUUGAGGAAUGAGGUCAAAGUCAGUUGUGCUAAGGCUCUUUGGAAACUCUCCAAUGGAUGUCUCUCAAGUUGCAGGAAGAUUACCGAGACUAAAGGUUUGCUUUGUCUUGCCAAGAUUAUUGAGUCCGAGAGUGGGGAGUUGCAGCUUAAUUGUCUUAUGGCUGUCAUGGAGAUUGCUGCCGUGGCGGAGUCCAAUGCUGAUCUUAGAAGAGCUGCUUUUAAGCGAACUGCGCCGGCGGCAAAGGCGGUUUUGGAUCAGCUUUUGCGGGUGGUUCAGGAGGAGAGCGACCCGGCAUUGCGGAUUCCUGCUAUUAAGGCAAUUGGUUCCUUGGCCAGAAACUUCUCUGGGAAGGUUCCGCAGGUUAUUGGUCCUUUAGUUGCUCAGCUUGGUAACAGAGAUGUUGAUGUGGCCAGUGAGGCUGCUAUUGCUUUGGGGAAGUUUGUGUGCCCGGACAACUACAACUGUGUUGACCAUUCUAAGGCAAUACUUGAGCUUGAUGGGAUUCCUAAGCUAAUGAGCCUGCUGCAGAUAAAUGAUCGCCAACAAGUUCAUGGCCUGAAAUUACUUUGUUACCUUGCCUUAAAUGUUGGUAACAGUAGGGUCCUUGAGCAAGAACGUGCCUUGAAUACCCUAGAGAGAUUUGCUCGUCCUGUUCAAGCACAACAUCCUGAUUUGAAGGACCUUUUUGCAAAGGCCUUACACCACCUCACUCUUUAUCAGCCAGGAGCUCAAUUGCACAGACAGCCCUUGGGGCUGUAAGUGCCACUUAUUGCAUUAAUCAAAAUAAUGAUCCUUGUAAUUCUUUUGAAUGGAAAAGUAUGAGUGUAUUGUUGUACUUAGAAAUUGAGUUAUUACAUUGUGAAAAUGUCAAAAUUUCAAUUUAAUAGCCACUGUUAUUUGUGGUAUUGAUUGACUGGUCGUCCAAAUUAUACUUUAAGGCUGGUUGGCUCAACAAGAUGAGUAAAUUUACGAAUAUACGUUCGAAAAUGUUGCACAUGAUGUAACUUACACUUCAGUGUAUUUGACGGCAUUACCAACUUUUCUA